AUGACAGGACUUAGCUCACCGUGCGGUGCCUGCAAGUUCUUGCGCAGGAAGUGUGCCAAUGGUUGCGUCUUCGCCCCAUACUUCUCCCAUGAGCAAGGAGCUGCACACUUUGCUGCCAUCCAUAAGGUCUUUGGGGCGAGCAAUGCCUCAAAGCUCCUCACACAUCUCCCUGCAAGUGAUCGCUGCGAGGCUGCAGUCACCAUGUCAUACGAGGCACAGGCCAGGCUCUGUGAUCCAAUAUAUGGCUGCGUUGCGCAUAUAUUUUCUCUGCAACAGCAGGUGGUCAAUCUGCAAGCACAACUGGAGUCUCUCAAAGCUCAGUCACCACAGGUGCACCGAGAUGAUUCUUCGAUCUCAAGACAUCAAAAGAACAACUGUGGAAACAUAUGUAGUCACUACCAGCAAGAAGAACAACUCCUUUUCCAUCCAACAAUGCCAAGUAAUUCUUCAAUAAAGAACGAGGAUCAGUUAUACUCUUCAACUGAGCACUUCACUUAUACCUCAGACCAAUCUGCGCAAGGGUAUGAGACAGAUUUAUGCAUGCCUGACUACAGCAGCACCAAUCCUUCUUGCUCUGUGCAAGGAUACCAUGACAUGGAGGACCUUCAGUCAGUAGCCUUCGCCUAUCUCAACCAGGCAUGACAAGACAAUCGUUUUGGUAGUUACGUGAAGGAUUCAAACAGUUUUUGUAACAAUAACUUAGUGCGAAUCAGUUUUAUAAUACAGAUAUUGAAUUACUAUAACAAGCAGAGUGAUGAUGUAGUAAUUUUGCUCUUGAAAAUGUCUACAACUCAAGCUGCACGUUCAUAGUCAGUGAAUAUGACAUAUGGUUUCUGCAGUAGUACUGAAAUUUAUCGGGAGCAUAAACAGUACAUGAAUUUUGACCCACAGAAAAUAAUUUUACAGUGAAAUAAUACAACAUGGAAAAAAACGAUAAACCUACUAGUACAUUUUUUAAGUGAUACUAAAUUUUGGUUUUGAUCUGGAAGUUGGAUGCUCGGCCUACUAGAGGUGAAGAGAUGUAUAUCUGCCGCAAGUGGAACUCAGUAGAUAGAAGGCUUUUCAGUGUUAGAAGCAAACAUCCUUGGCAACUUCUUUACUUAGUUUAAAGGAUAAACCAGUGGUUGUGUCAAGUUGUUAUUUCUGAGACUAAAAUACAGCCACAAAUCCACAUCUUGUUACAAAAAUAAAUGACGCCUCAAAGUCGAGAUGAUAAAACAAGAAACAUGGAGGCAGAUUUUCAUCCACUGCUGAGUAAGUAACAAUU